CUUCAUUUUGCCACGCGAAUUCAUUUUCUCGGGAAAAUCUAAGUCGAAAUCACUCCAAAAGUUUCCAUUUUUCUUGAUCUUGAUCAACUUCCCGAUCUGGGUUUUGCUUGGAACUUGAUAAAAGUUUAGUUUCACAGCAGAAAGAGAUGACAGAAGAGAGUAGAAAAAGCUCGAAUCCAGACCCAGUCGAGGUUCAAACAGUCUCGCCGUCGAGCAGCAAUAAUCUCCCAAAUUUUCUUCUUUCAGUGAGAUUAAAAUACGUGAAGCUCGGCUACCAUUACUUAAUCUCCAACGCCAUGUAUUUACUGCUGGUGCCGCUCUUGUGCAUUGCUUCGGCUCAUCUCUCGACGCUCAAACCCAACGAUUUCGUUCAACUAUGGGACCAGCUCAAGUUCAACCUGGUCUCGGUAACUCUAUGUUUAGGCCUUUUAGUGUUCUUAGCCACGCUUUACUUCACCAGCCGUCCGAGAAAAGUUUACCUGGUGGACUUCGCUUGUUACAAGCCCGAACCCGAACGCACCUGCACCAGGGAAAUCUUCAUGGAGAGAUCUGGUUUGACCGGCAGUUUCACGGACGAGAACUUGGCUUUUCAGAAGAAGAUACUCGAGAGGUCCGGUUUAGGGCAGAAAACGUACUUGCCGGAGGCGGUGUUGCGCGUGCCGCCGAACCCGUGUAUGGCGGAGGCGAGGAAGGAGGCCGAGACGGUGAUGUUCGGUGCCAUUGAUGAAUUGUUGGAGAAGACUGGUGUCAAGGCUAAGGAUAUUGGUAUCCUUGUGGUGAAUUGCAGCUUGUUUAAUCCCACACCAUCCCUUUCGGCCAUGGUUGUUAAUAGGUACAAGCUUAGAGGCAACAUUUUGAGCUAUAAUCUUGGUGGAAUGGGGUGCAGUGCCGGCCUCAUUGCUAUUGACCUUGCUAAACAACUCUUACAGGUCAAUCCUAACUCUUAUGCCUUGGUGGUUAGCAUGGAGAACAUUACUCUCAAUUGGUACUUCGGCAACGAUAGAUCUAUGCUUGUCUCGAACUGCUUGUUCCGUAUGGGAGGUGCCGCGAUCCUUCUCUCGAGCAAGUCGUCCGACCGCCGUCGCUCGAAAUAUCAACUCAUCCACACCGUGCGUACCCACAAAGGAGCCGAUGACAAAUGCUACAAUUGCGUCUUCCAACGUGAGGACGACACCAAAAGGAUCGGUGUUUCCCUCUCAAAAGACCUCAUGGCGGUCGCCGGAGAAGCCCUGAAAACCAACAUCACCACCCUGGGACCACUAGUCCUUCCCAUGUCCGAACAGCUCCUGUUUUUCGUCACCCUCGUCGCGAGGAAAGUCUUCAAGAUGAAGAUCAGGCCAUACAUCCCGGACUUCAAAUUAGCAUUCGAGCACUUCUGCAUCCAUGCGGGAGGCAGAGCCGUGCUCGAUGAGCUCGAGAAGAACCUCGAGCUCACCGAGUGGCACAUGGAGCCGUCGAGGAUGACACUUUACAGGUUCGGGAACACAUCGAGUAGUUCCCUUUGGUACGAAUUGGCCUACUCCGAAGCCAAAGGGAGGAUCCGAAAAGGCGAUCGGACAUGGCAGAUCGCAUUCGGGUCGGGAUUUAAAUGCAACAGUGCUGUCUGGAAAGCUUUGAGGAACAUCAAUCCAGCAAAGGAGAAGAGUCCAUGGAUUGAUGAAAUCGAUGAAUAUCCUGUUUAUGUGCCUAAGGUGGCCAGUGUUUCUUCUCCCCAAAAAACCAAUUAAUUUUCUCAGAGUUUCAGGGAUUUGAUUAGUAAUUAUUAAAAUAUGAUUUUUUUUUGUCUAUACAUGUGUGUUGAUUUGAAGAUUUACUCCAAGUUGAA